AUCCCGGGCUGGGAGGGAAAACCGCGUUUUAAGUGCUCCGCCCUCUCCGGGUUCUAACACUCGUAUCUGGCAACACACAGAGAACCCACUGUGUCGUCACCGAGGUCAGGUAGACGGAGCGAAGAUGGCGACCGCCUAUGAGAGAUACAAUUUGCACACCACCCCAGAGAAGUUCUUCAUCGAGGCCUGUGAUGAAGGAGUUGAUGCUGUGCUGGCAAUCGACAGGGUCUCAAAUGAGAUGACCCUCACAGGUAAAAAGGAUGUUCCUCCGUUGGCUGUCACCAGGCCUAUAUGUGGCUUCAUGGGAACCAUUCGCCUAGUUGCAGGUAUGUACCUGAUCGUCAUCACUAGGAAGAGGAAUGUGGGCAGCCUCCUAGGUCAUGCUGUGUGGAAGGCUGUGGACUUUGACGUCAUCUCUUACAAGAAGACAGUGCUGCACCUCUCAGAGAUCCAGUUACAGGAGAAUAAGACCUUCCUGUCAAUGAUUAACAAUGUGCUGACGACAGACGGCUUCUACUUCUGUACUGACUACGACCUGACACACACUCUGCAGCGGCUCGCCAACACCAGCCCUGACUUCCAAGAGAUGAGCCUGCUGGAGAGGGCAGAUCAGAGGUUUGUGUGGAACGGGAACCUCCUGAGAGAACUGGCUGCACAGCCAGAGCUGCAUAAGUUUGGACUUCCUGUUGUCCAUGGAUUCAUUGUCAUGAAGCCAUGUCGUAUAAAUGGGAAGAUCUUUGAAUGGAUCCUUAUAUCCAGGAGAAGCUGCUUCCGGGCUGGUGUCAGAUACUACGUUAGAGGUAUUGACUCUGAAGGCCAUGCUGCUAACUUUGUGGAGACUGAGCAGAUAGUAUUGUAUGAGGGAGCAAAGGCUUCAUUUAUCCAGACGCGAGGCUCCAUGCCAUUUUACUGGAGUCAGAGGCCCAACCUCAAAUACAAGCCUAAACCUGUAAUCAGCAAAACCACCAAUCACAUGGAUGGUUUCCAGAGGCAUUUUGACUCUCAGCUCCUCAUCUAUGGGAAACAAACCAUACUCAACCUGGUGAAUCAGAAGGGCUCAGAGAAGCCACUUGAACAGGCCUUUGCCAAAAUGAUGUCAGGCAUGAACAAUGGUAUGCUCAAUUACAUAGCUUUCGACUUCCACAAAGAGUGCAGCCACAUGCGAUGGGACCGUCUGCAGAUCUUAGUGGAUACUGUCACUGAGACACAAGACGAAUACUGCUACUUCAUGGUGAACUCUGAUGGGAAGACGUUGGCCCAGCAGAGAGGAGUCUUCCGCAGUAACUGCAUGGACUGCCUGGACCGGACCAAUGUCAUCCAGAGUCUACUGGCCCGACGCUCUCUACAGUCUCAGCUCCAGAGGAUGGGCGUCUUGAAUGUGGGCCAGCAGGUUGAAGAGCAGGCUGAGUUUGAAAAGAUCUACAAGAAUGCAUGGGCUGACAAUGCCAAUGCUUGCGCUGUACAGUACGCAGGAACUGGAGCCUUAAAAACAGACUUCACAAGGACUGGGAAGAGGACCAGAUGGGGGCUUCUGAUGGAUGGCUGGAACUCCAUGAUCCGCUACUACAAAAACAACUUCUCUGAUGGAUUCAGACAGGAUUCCAUUGACCUGUUUCUGGGUAACUUUGCUGUUGAUGAAUCAGACGGACCCACUCCCCUUCGUGUGCAGAAGGACUGGAAGUUCCUCACGCUGCCCAUCAUUAUGCUGGUGGCAUUUUCCAUGUGCAUCGUGUGUCUUCUCAUGGCUGGUGACACCUGGACGGAGACGCUGGCUUACGUGAUGUUCUGGGGGGCUGCUAGUGCCAUUACAGCCACUAUCAUCUUGUUUAACGGCCAGGACUUUGUGGACGCCCCCAAGCUGGUUCACAAGGAGAAGAUGGACUGAGUGUGAGUGUGAGUGUGAGUGUGAGUGUGAGUGUGAGUGUGUGUGUGUGUGUGUGUGUGUGUGUGUGUGUGUGUGUGUGUGUGUGUGUGUGUGUGUGUGUGUGUGUGUGUGUGUGUGUGUGUGUGUGUGUGUGUGUGUGUGAGUGUGUGAGCGAGCAGCUGGGUCCACUAGGCUCAUAUACCUCGUCAUUGUCACCAUGUUCUGCCCCACGUCUGGACUCUCGACCCAUCGGCUGUCUCCACACUGCCUUGCAGACUUUCUCAUCCACAGCACACGUAACCUUCUUCAGUGGCACUGCACACACUCCUCUACAUGGUUUGAAUCACCGUCUAGAUUUUCUUUUCUUGGUGUUAGCUUCUUGGUUCUACACAGGGUCUACUGUCAGCUGUUUCACUACUGCUCAUUUUUAACAUUUAAAAUCUACGACAGAGGAUUAUGGAUAUAUAUAUAUAUAUAUAUAUAUAUAUAUAUAUAUAUAUAUAUAUAUAUAUAUAUAUAUAUAUAUAUAUAUAUUUAUUUUAUUUAUUUUUUUUGGGCAGGGGGUAUUCAGAUUUUUAUCUUAGAAAUCUGAGACUAAAGUAAGACUUUGCCUCAAUCCUCUCCUUGCUUCAUUCAUUGAUACAUUUUGAUCCUUUGUGUGGGUAAAUGCUCCAGUCACUCACAUGUUGAUGUGGUGUUUGGCAGAUUGUGUACAUUGACGUGUCAGAGCUUUGUGCUGAUGGAAUUAUUUUGAUGUGUUUUGAAGGGGUGUUGAAACCAAAACGGUGAGCUGAAAAAAAGAAAGAAUAUGAAAUAAUUAAUUUUAUUCAGAUAUCACCUUUAAAAAUGCAGUUAUUCAGUGUGUUACAAAAUAAACAAACAUGUAACCUUCAGAGAGAGAAAAACAAACUAAAAAUAAAUAAAUAUAUAUCAUAAAAUAUCAACAGAUUUAGUGAAAAUCCGAGAGAAUAAGCUGUGUAGCACUAAAUAGAUUGGGAAGAAUUGUUCAUUUUAAAAUAUUUGAUUAUUGUAGCUUAAAAUAUAUUAAAUGUAAUUGAUCAUAUUCAGUCCAGAAGAUUGUUCCCUUAAUGUCAAUAAAUCACCUCAACAUGCACAUACUGAAACAUGUAUCUACAGAAUGAAUGGAGCACAGUACGUCUCUCUAUUAAGCUAUUAAACAGUAACAGAGUAUUGAUGAUGAUUGUGCUUUAUUAAUUGCUCCGUGCUCUACUCACCAUCUAACACUGGUGAAAUGUGCUGCCUGCAGACGCAGAUUUAUCCACUUGUAUUGAGUUUUGUUUCUAGCCAGGAUCCAGAUGUCUGCAGCUCAUCACAGGUUUAGCAUUGUGCCCAUUCAUGGUUGUUUUUAAACUUAAGUGGUUGGAGAAGAAAUUGAUAAUUGUAGACAGGGUUGAGAAAAUCUCUACUUGGCCAUGUCCAUAAAAAUUUCAGCAGAAAAAUUGCGAGAACAAAGUUGACAAGCAGGAUGUGCAGGUUGUCACAAGUCGAUUUACAGUAAAGAGCUCUGGCAUUUUUUUUUCCUUGAUCAGCUUGAUAAAACUUGUAGUUGUUUGUUUGAUCCUAGACAGAAGUUGUCUGUAAAACAUACUGUUUUCUUUAAUCGUGUCAUGAUAAGUUAGAGCUGAUUGUCUUCAGACCGCCGAUUACUAUGUGUGUUCAAGUUUCAUCUCAUUACCUUGAGAACCACUACAACACAUGGUUCACUCACUGAGCUAUUUUAAUGCCCUCAAAAAGGCAUAAAUUCAUAUUGUUAGGGCAAAUGUAUUUAUCUGUUGCCUGAUGAUUCAUCACAUUUAUGUUGAGUAUAAGAACCUGUACUGCCGCAGACAUCUCAACCCUGCCUGCUGCAACUCUGUGGACAUUUUUCUACCAGUGUUCAUCAUGGAUGUAACCUGCUACUGAGCUCUAUAGGAAAAAUAACAAACUCAUUUUCAUGUUCAGUGUAUUGUCUCUCUUCCCUGGGUAAACGGUCAGUCAGUGAGCAGAAAAGCACACCUCUUAAAAUCCUGGGUGUUUGUUAAAACGUCUGGUACCAGACUAGUAGCAGGCUAAUCUGUCGACUACAGCGGGUUUGAACAGAAUUUUACCUUUGUAGGUCUUAUGGUGUCUAUCUUAGUUUCCCUGGCUUGUCUGCCCCAGUGUCUGUUUUUUUUCACUGUCACUGGGCUCUGAGUAAGAACAUUUCUAAUUCUACACAUUGGGGCUUUAUUUCUCUUUCUGAUGUUAUCUUAAAUAAAUUAAUCAUCAAUCCUCAUGUUUAAAAGCAAGUGUUGUCUUAGACGAGGACAGUCUGAGGCCUGCACAUAACAUUGUUACUAUAAUAAUAACCCAUAUUAUUACAAGAUCAUUAAUUCAAUGUCUUAUCAUGGCUGUCUUGAAAAAUUAUAGUAGCACCACUUAAACAUAUGUUACUGAAUGUAGAUAGUAGUAGAUAAUUAUGCUGUGGUCAAGUCAGAUCAAUUUACAUAAUAUAAAUCAACAUAAUGAUUGACAGGGAUUAAUUUGGGAUCAUAGUCAUUUCUGAGUCAGGGUCUAUAUUCUGCCAUGUUUUCACUCUGGUUCACACCUGCCCCUCAGUGGAGACGGCACGGACAUUUGAACCUUUCAUAUCAUUAAAGAUCUGAUCAGACUUUGAAA